AUGGGGCUCACCCAUCACUACCAUCUGGUCGAGAACUCCGGCAAGAUGGUGGUACUGGACAAGCUGCUGCCCAAGAUGCAGGCCAUGGGGUCGCGGGUGUUGAUCUUCUCGCAGAUGACGCGCAUGUUGGACAUCCUGGAAGAUUAUGCCCACUGGAGGGGCUACUCCUACUGUCGUAUAGACGGCAGCACGCCACAUGAGGACAGACAGAGACAGAUAGACGAGUACAACGCGCCUGACUCCACCAAGUUCCUGUUCAUGCCAUCCAGGAUGGACUUGCAGGCCAUGGACCGCGCCCAUCGUAUCGGCCAGAAGAAGCAGGUGCGAGUGUUUCGCUUCAUCCACGAGAACAGCAUGGAGGAGAAGCUCGUUGAGCGCGCCGAGAUCAAACUUAGGCUCGACAAACUCGUCAUCCAGCAAGGCCGGCUACAAGACACCAAGGCGUCGCUGGGUAAGGAUGAGAUGCUCGCCAUGAUCAGGCACGGCGCCAACGAAGUCUUCAAGAGCAAAGAUCAGGAGAUCACCGAUCAGGACAUCGACGACCUCAUCAUGCAGGGCGAGCAGCGGACAGAGGAACUGCAGAAGAAGCUCGACGACCUCGGCGAGUCUUCGCUGCGGCAGUUCACUCUGGAUGUGCCUAGCGAGAGCGUCUACCAGUUUGAGGGCGAGGACUACAGGGAGAAGCAGAAGGCAAUUGUGGGUAAUUGGAUCGAGCCGCCUAAGCGCGAGCGUAAAGCCAACUACGCCGUGGACGCCUACUUCAGGGAAGCGCUCAGGGUCUCCGAACCUAAGGCACCUAAGGCACCUCGUCCACCAAAGCAGCCUGUUGUGCAGGACUUCCAGUUCUUCCCCCCGCGACUCUUCGAGCUGCUUGACAAGGAGAUCUACUACUACCGCAAAACUGUCACCUACAAGGUCCCUAAAAACCCUGAAUUCGGCGCUGACUCGACACGUAUCCAGAAGGAGGAGCAGGUCAAGAUAGACGAGGCGGAGGCGAUGACGGAGGAGGAGCUGGAGGAGCGGGAUAGUCUCCUCACAAAGGGCUUCCUCAACUGGACCAAGCGAGACUUCAAUCAGUUCAUUAAAGCGAACGAGAAGUACGGCCGAGAUGACAUCGAGAACAUCGCUAAGGAGGUGGAAGGCAAGACGCCGGAGGAGGUGAUGACGUACAGCGCGGUAUUCUGGGAGCGCUGCGCUGAGCUGCAAGACUGCGACAAAAUCUUGGCGCAGAUCGAGCGCGGCGAGGCUAAGAUCCAGCGUAGGGCGUCCAUCAAGAAGGCGCUCGAUGCUAAGAUGGCUCGGUACCGCGCGCCGUUCCAUCAGCUGCGCAUCAGCUACGGCACAAACAAGGGCAAGAACUACACUGAAGAGGAAGACCGCUUUCUGGUGUGCAUGCUGCACAAGCUCGGCUUUGACAAGGAGAAUGUCUACGAGGAACUCAGAGCCGCUGUCAGGUCGGCCCCGCAGUUCAGGUUCGAUUGGUUCAUCAAGUCGCGCACCGCACUGGAGCUGCAGCGCCGUUGCAACACUUUGAUCACGCUCAUCGAGAGGGAGAACCAGGAGCUUGAGGAGAAGGAGAGAGCCGAGAGGAAGAAGGGCAGACCAAAGGGCUGCGUCUACGUUAAGGGAGGCAAGCGCACACUUGCAGGCAACAUCGACGGCAGGGGCAGGAAGAAGAAAAAGUUAGAGUAAAUUCUAUGUUUGAAAUCAACGUCUAAAAUUAAGUGCAUCAAAUUCCGUAUUUGUGUGAACCCAAGGAGUGAGGCAUAGGUAACAGAAGAUGUAGUUAACACUCGCAAACAAGUACAUAUUAUGACUGCAAAUUACUCCUGUCAUUUGCAAAGUUCUUUUUUGUAAACAGAAGCAAUCCUUUGUGGUAGACAAGUUGGCGAAAGUGUCGGACGUACAAGGAGUUUUAUUUUGUAUAAGGAUUCUUUUCUCAACCAAGCCAACUAUUGGCAUUUGGCAUGGGGAUAAACAAGUAGAAAUUGUGACAAGAGCCUCAUCGCCAAGAGGAUUUUUGUCGGCCGAAGCAUUCUUUAAGUAUGGAACGAUGUAGAUAAAAUGAUUAGAUUAAGGAUCUGUGUUAUGUGUAAUCCUUUCUUGAAACAUUUGUAGACAAAGCCAAGUAUGGGCAAGCAAAGUAACAAUCAUUUGUAAAAUCAUGUUUUUAAAAGGACCUUAUUUAUUGCAGCAUUAAGUUUAUUCGAUGCAGGUCUAGCCGAACAGUUAUGUGUAACUGUUUCAAGUUCCAGUUAAUUAAAUGUAUUUUUCGUCCA